UGGAGUUCCCAGCGGUCCUGCUCAACGCUGCGACCGGAGAGAUCGAGUCCGAGUUCCACACGUAUGUCCAGCCCCAGGAGCAUCCUAUUCUCUCGGAAUUCUGCACAGAACUAACUGGCAUAACACAGAAUCAAGUUGAUGAAGGGGUCCCUCUAAAUAUUUGUUUAUCACUGUUUCUGAAAUGGAUUCGAAAGAUACAAAAGGAGAAGAAAAUUGUAUUCAACACAGAUAUGCCAAGCAAUUCAACGUCAGAAGCAAAAGCAUGUACCUUUGUUACUUGGACAGACUGGGACCUGGGUGUGUGUUUGCACUACGAGUGUAAGAGGAAGCAGCUGCGAAAACCUGACAUUUUAAAUUCCUGGAUUGACCUCAAAGCAACAUACAGGGUCUUCUAUAAUAGGAAGCCUAAAGGGCUAAAUGGUGCUUUGCAGGAUUUGGGGAUAGCUUUUGAGGGACGUGAACAUUCUGGGCUGGAUGAUUCUCGAAAUACUGCCCGGCUUGCUUGGAGGCUGAUCUGUGAUGGAUGUGUGCUGAGGGUUACUAAAUCUUUGGAUAAGGUCAGCUUUCGGCAAGCGUUGACCAACAGGCCAGCUCUGAGUACAGCCAGGCACUGCCCUCCGGGACAUGGAUCCGAGCUGGUGCUCGUCUCAACAACCAUCUCCUCAGUUAACGUCUCCAGUGAGGAUGUCAGUACGAGUUCUGAUUGCUUAUCUCUGCUGACUGACUGGGAGGAUGUCGCUUUAAUACCAGAAUCUCAAUACGAACAAAAUUCAGACUGUGUUCAACUCAAAGAUGACUUGAGUACAGAUUUUUUAACAGUGCUUGAAGAGAAAACAAUUUCGAAACAACUGCCUGCGCUGAGUUCAGAUAAUCAAAGUUUGGAGAAAACUGUAGUACCCGUGAAGCCUCUGAAAUCUAUCGUUUACAAAAGUCCUGAUACUACUAUCUAUAACGUAGGAACAGGACAAAGACAGACUACAAAUUUUUCAGCUUUCAAGUUGCCAUCUGCAAAGGUAAAUGCUUUUUCAGCACAAUCAGCAUUAAAAGGAAAUUAUUCUACUCCUUCAGAGGUUCCUAAAAGAAAGCCAACUAGUCCGAAACCGUGCCCACCAGCAAAAAAGCAGUCUUUUGCCAUAUAUCAAGAGAAAGCUGCAUCUUUGGAACAUUCCAGACCUUCAAGAACUUCAACUUUGCCCAGAGUGUCUCCUGCCAUUCUUAACUCCACAGUCAAUUUGAAUGAGUCUGUAAGAGCUGUGAAAAAUGGAAAACCAACUCCCCCUCUGUGUAACUGCGGCCGAAGAGCUAAAAAACUGUACGUUUCAAAUGCUGGCCCAAAUCAUGGCAAAGGAUUUUUUUGUUGUCCUGUUGGCAAGCACGAAGGUAGUAAGAAAGGCUGUGGAUACUUCAAGUGGGAACAUGUGCUUCUGAAAGAGAAAUCUCAUGGUCUCACCCGGAAUGCAGAUGCUUUGACCUCUCUUGGAACUCGCAUGAGUAAUUCGGGAAAUUCUUCCAACAAAAAAUAUUUGUGUCUUAGACCCUCUAUGAGAACUUGA